CUGCCGGGACUUGCUUGUUUGCUGUCUCCACUGUUGUCUCACCGUCGCUGCAUGCGAAAGAUAUUCUCCAAAGACACCACUAAUUUUCUUGCCUUCCCCAGAUUUCCAAGCAAAUGGUCUCUGAAACUGCUCGAGGGUUUUGACAUUUGAAGGAGGAUUGUAACUGCACAAUCGAAGACAUCAGGCCAUCACAUUGCUGUACAUUUGGGUUUUGAGGAGGCAAGAUGCAGAACCGUUCAAAGAGUAAGUGUACAUCGACAUCACACCAGAUAAUGAUGGACAAUGCCAAGAACCGGCUUGAUGAUCUCCAAGAAAGGUUCACUCAUCUUCAAACUGCUAGGAAGGAGGGGCGAGCCAUUGAUGUGGCAAUGUUGGAGGAGCAAAUGUAUCAGAGUCUUCGCGAGUGGAAGGCUGAGCUCAAUGUGCCAUCCCCAGCCUCUUCUUUACUUGAAGUUAGUGCUGGAUUCUCAGGUGAUAUGGAUCGUUUGUUGCAAUUAUGUGGGGAGGAAGAUGAUGCCACAAGUGCAUUAGCAGGACCAGCAGAGUUGAAGCCUGAAACUAAUGUUCGAACCCUUGAUCACUGUAAUGUAAACGUGAUUUCAGAGGAAUAUGGGGCACAGGAGCAUGGUUUUCAGGGGUUUGAUCCCUGCAAUGCAACUGCUGUAGCUUUACAGGAGAUGGUGGUUAAUGGGGCAAAGGAACAUGGUUUUCAGGGGUUUGAUCCCUGCAAUGGAAUUGCUGUAGCUUUACAAGAGACGGUGGUUAAUGGGGUGCAGGAACAUAGUUUUCAAGGGUUUGAUCCCUGCAAUGGAACUGCUGUAGCUUUACAGGAGACAGUGGUUGGCAGCUCAGAUUUAACUUCUCAGUUCAAUUAUCAACAAUUAAAUUUUAAUCAAGAAUUCAACCAUGGGCGUCUGCUUGGAGCCAAUGGCACUGAACUGUUUGGAAAGGGUUCUGGACCCAAUAUUUUGCCAAAUAUCUCUCAUCCACCAUCUGCUUUCAUGGGACCAAAAUGUGCACUCUGGGAUUGCACAAGGCCUGCUCAAGGAUUUGAAUCAUAUGAGGAUUACUGCAGCUGCUUUCAUGCUACAUUAGCUCUGAAUGAAGACCGUCCUGGUAUGACUCCUAUUUUACGUCCUGGAGGAAUAAGUUUGAAGGAUAAUUUACUAAUUGAAGCUGUUCAGGCAAAGACACAGGGCAAGAAUGUGGGCAUUCCUCAAUGUGAGGGAGCUGCUACUGAGAAAUCUCCAUGGAAUGCCACUGAACUAUUUGAUCUUUGUUUGCUUGAAGGGGAAACGAUCCGAGAGUGGCUCUUCUUUGAUAAGCCUAGGAGAGCCUUUGAGAGUGGGAACAGAAAGCAGAGGUCAUUGCCUGAUUAUUCUGGACGGGGUUGGCAUGAAUCAAGGAAGCAGGUGCUGAAAGAAUAUGGGGGGCAGAAGAGGUCGUAUUACAUGGAUCCACAACCUUCAGGAAGUUUUGAGUGGCAUUUAUAUGAAUAUGAGAUCAAUGGCUGUAACAUUUGUGCCUUGUAUAGAAUGGAACUCAAACUUGUUGAUGAAAAGAAAAAGAGUCCAAAGGGGAAAGUUGUAAAAGACCCACUUGUGGAUCUCCAGAAGAAGAUGGGAAGGCUCACUGCUGAGGUGCCUGUAGAUGAUAGGAUCUUUGUAAAGGGCAGGGCAAAGACCAAUAAAAAAAGUGCCUCUGAAAAUGUGAAUUCUGCUGGAGCUAACAUGACCUCUACUACAGAAAGGUAUGGUUUAAGUGUUGUGAAAAGUUCUGCUGAGAAAUAAACUUGCUAUCAUGGCACAUGGUCGAGCAGUUCCUUGUGUGAUUUUACUUUUAGGAUUUGCAUCCUACAUUUAGCAUGCUGCAGAUAGGUUCAUCUAUGGAAAGGGAUCAAGUAGCUGCAGUAUAGCGCCAGUAAGCCUGCAUUUUCCUUGGUUGUCAGCUCAUUGUUUGCUCCAGGACCACAUUUUAUUAUUGUGGCAAUACCAUGUGCAUUGCAGCAUAAUCCGGAGUUGUACCUUGGAUUAUCUUUCUAGGGCCUGGUGGUGCUGUUCAUUUCACAUAGAUAGUGUACAGUGUAAUCGGCCACCCCCACAUCUGAAGGUUUACUAACUAUAUAUUAAGACGUAUUAAAGCAAAAUAUAACCUGCAGAAUGUCUACAGUGGAAGACGUGUUGCUGGAUUCAUUUUGCUAUUUUGACGCAUAUACGUCAGUGCUGGAUUUUCUAAUCUUUCCAAUUAUACGCAUUCAUAAGGCAUGAUUGCUUAUUUGCACUACAUUACACGUGAAGUCCGUUUUUGAAU